CACAACAAAAUCCUUACAAGGGCUCUGGAUGGCCGAGUGGCCUCUGUGCAUAGGCUGCAAGCAGCAUGACUCUGAAUUACCUAGACUUCAAGGGGACUUGCCAGGCUCACCCCAGAUUAAUGGGGCAUGACACUCCUCGGAAGCAGCCCUCUCCUGCAGAUGGACCCAGGCUGCAGCAGCAGCAGCAGCAGCAGCCUGCACUGAGGCAGCUCCCAGGGCAUCCAAAACGCUCCAUGUUUGGGGCUUGAGUGCAGGGUGGCAGCCCUGGAGGGAACGGCAGCAGCAGUGGCAUAUGGAUCCCGGAAGCUGGACUUUGAUGCGGUCAAGGCACAAGCCAAGAGCAUCAGGGCGAGCUACAGCGCUCCCAUUCAAGCAGGGAGAUAAUCUGGUGGCCUGCAGCUGCCAAGCCACAUGAAGAGGAUCCCCGCCGUGGGGUGACCCCCAAGGAGCCUCGAUCUGGGCUGGAGGGUCGGAAAAGAUUGGCUCAGUCCCAGGGAAGAUACGAAAGAUGACUGACCAUCCUCAGAUGUCUUCAGAUCCUUCUACAGCAAAUAUUUCUUGCCCUCCCUGGAAAGAGACAUGCCAUCCUUCCCAAAGGUUAAGCCAUUGCUCAGCUGCUGAGCCUGGAAAGGACAUUGUGUGGGAAGAUACAUAUGGAAAUGAGCUGAUCUUUGCCUUAGAUGAUGAGGAAGCUCCAGCUCCAAACCCAGCCGACAGUUUUGAGGAAGAUGACUGCAAAGAGCACCCCUUCUGUGGACCAUCCUCUCCUCUGUUUCCCCUUGAACCAGAUUUCUCACCCAUUUCUCACUCCCUGUCUCCAGUUCACUCACCAUAUCAGAGAUCAACUGGCUUGGAAAACUCACACAGCCCCAAACCCUUCAUCCACUUGGUGAAAUCCCUCUCAACUGUAAUUGAGUCCCGGGAAGGCCCAUCCCUCAAACCCCAGCCUUUGUUGAGCUUGGUCAAAUCCAUUUCCACUGAAAUUUCUCACUUGGAGCCCGAGGUGACACUGUCCAAAUCAGACUCUAAGCUCAAUGUUCAUCUGUGGAGACAAAUCACCCAGCCCAGGAAAAAAAAUGGUGAUUCCAGGACUGCUCCAUCAUCUCCCAAUCAUUCUCCCAAGGGCAGCUUCUUCAAGGCUCAGGAAGCCAAGUUUGAGGACACCAAAAGGAGGUUUUCGGAAGCCAAGCAGGAGCCACUCAGCAGGCUCAGGGAAAUCAUUGGGGAUGAGAAUAACAUGUCCCCUAAACUCCGGUUACCCCUCUCCGGGCACCAGCAAGGGGCUGAUUUCCUUUCUCAUCAUUUCAAGGGGUCUCCCCUCUUGGAGAGCAAUUUGGAACAUCCCCUCCAUGAGACAGUUUGGGCUGAGACCACCUCAUUGGGGACAGGGGAGAUGGAAGAGCAGAAGUGGGACUCCUCUUCUCCACAUUGCCAGCAUGAAGAGGGUCCCUCUGGGGAGGUCUUCCAGGUGGUUGAGACGGCUGAGAAAAAAUGCAAGCCCGCUGGCGACAUGCAGACUCUCUCACCUCUUGAGGCAGUCCAGCCCCCCAAAUGUUGCAGCCCAGUGCCAUGUAAAGUUCUUACCUGGAUUGCCAUCUUGGCCUACAAUUACCUGGUCCUCCCAUUGCCUCCUUAUAUCUCCGGCCUCUGCCUUGGCUUAGCCAGUGGGUUCCUUCUUGGUCUCCUGGUUAUUUUGCUGCUGGUGCCAAAGCGUGCCCUGUCCCCACAGAGAAAGCCCUCUCCUCAGGGCAUGCUGCCCUUACAAGUGAUACCUCAGCAGCCAUGGGACCUCCAUGUGCUCAAGGGUUGGAUGAACGAAAUGCAUUUUUAUGAUCCUGAAAUUUAUCAUCCUUCUCUGACCCAUUCCGUAUUUGUGACCUUAGAAAACUCCAACCUGACGUUGUCUUAUCCCCAAAGCAGCAUCCCUCGGCGAGCCACCUUUGGGGAAGAGAACGUUGAGGUGGCUUUUUUGACCCACCGACUUUAUGAUAUGAGUGGAGCUAAGGUCUUCCUCUUCCCACCUGGGCUGGCUCGCAAAAGGACAUGGAACAAAAAAUAUCCCAUAUGCAUUCUUUUCCCAAAAGAAGUGGAUCUGAAGACCAAAGCACCAGCAACAAAAGACCAAGAAGUAGACUCUCCAGGAGAAAAGAACCCAAAGAAGAAAGACGUAUCAGGACAAUGCCCAGCUGAGGUCCAAGAAAGGACACUUUAUCUCUUUGGCAGAACGGGUAGGGAUAAGGAAGAGUGGUACCAAUAUCUCCUAAGGGCCUGCCAACCUGAACACCAUGAGCUACACCACACUAGCCAAGGUGAACUCCUCUCAGGUAUAAUCCAGCCCAUCCCUGCAGGAAAGGAGACCCACAAGCGCAGCAGCAGCAGCACAGAAGACCUGCUCCCUGCCACUAAGCCCAAGGUGCUGAGCAUCAGCAGCCGAGAAAAACUCUUAUUGGAUUACAAUGUGUACAUGUCCCAAAUCAUUCCAACAGUUACUGACUCCGACCCAAAGUCCUGCUCCAAUAUAGCAGACAGCCCCGGUUCCAAAAAGUUCCCUGGGGAUGAAAAGCUGACCCCCAACCCUCCUACAGUUUGGGUCAAUGCAAUGCUUGGCCGAAUGUUUUGGGACUUCCUAAGGGAAAAAUAUUGGGCAGAUCAAGUUUCAGACAAAAUUCAGAAGAAACUGGGCAGAAUCAAGUUGCCAUAUUUCAUGAAUGAGCUCACCCUAACUGAUCUGGAGAUGGGGACCUCCAUCCCACACAUACUUGGCACUUCUAGCCCCACUGUGGAUAACCGAGGCCUUUGGGUGGACAUGGAGGUGACCUAUCAAGGGACCCUGAAGAUGACCCUGGAGACCAAGAUGAACCUGUAUAAACUGGGCAAAGAAGACCUGGAGGAGGAAAACGGGAAAAAGGAGAAGGACAGAAAAGGCUUGAAACCCCGUGUCGACCUGUUGGCUGAGAGCGAUGCGGAGUCCUCCAGUGCCGGUUCUUCUGAGGAGGAGGAAAUGCCCGUGGUGGAGCUCUCGGGGAUCCCCGGAGAAAGGAAAAUCCCUCCUGGCGUUGAAGGCUACAUCAGUGGUGGCAGCACCAGUCGGAAGAUUUUGCGUUUUGUGGACAAGAUUGCUAAAUCCAAAUAUUUCCAGAAGGCCACUGAAAAUGAAUUCAUUAAGAAGAAGAUGGAAGAGGUUUCCAACACUCCACUGCUUUUGACUGUGGAGGUCCAAGAUCUGACAGGCACAUUGGCUGUGAACAUCCCUCCACCUCCAACAGAUCGAAUCUGGUACAGCUUCCGGAUCCCUCCACAGUUAGAUAUGAAGGUACGGCCACGGCUAGGAGAACGGGAGGUCACCUUCCCGCACAUCACUGAGUGGAUUGAGAAGAAGCUCCAGCAUGAAUUCCAGAAAAUUUUAGUGAUGCCAAAUAUGGAUGAUAUCAUCUUACCUCUGAUGCAUUCUGGUUUGGAAUCCCAGCCUCUCACAGAAGGACCACAGGAAGAACUUCUAGCUGAGGAUGUCAGAAACAUGUGAGGUGCUGUCCUCUGGUGGCUGACCUGCUCCAGUCUCUUGAGGGAACUAACCGGAUACCUGGUCAUAGGGGCACCUGAGCUUGAGAAUAAAGGUUCUCCCUGCUGGCCUCUCUUCUCUCUGGAACUGUUUUCAGAUGAAGGGGAUUUGUCUGGAUAUGGCUUAUUGCAGGAGGAGAUACUCCCAAGUAUCUGACAAGCACCCUGUGUGGCUGAGAAAGAAAAGGCAGCAGAGAUGCCAAGACCCCCGACUGCUUGGAAUUCUCUCCAUGUUGCAUCUCUGCAAGUAAUUUUAGUUUUAAGUAUCAGUUAAAUGGCAGAACCAUCAAUAACAUUCAACAGGGUCUCUGUGGAGGAGGAAAUAAGAGUGAAAGGCCCCUUCAGCUUGACUGACAGUUUUUGGGAAAAAAAAAAAGGAAGAGUGAUGUUUCUUACCACACAAUCUGGGCUAUUCACACCCUCUCCCUAUUUCCUGGCUAUUGGCAACCUGAAAGAUGGGUACUAAAGCUUUGGUUCUGAAUUCACUCUGACCCCAGUAGAAGCUGAAGACUAAGAAUACAGGGCAGGGGAGCCAUCAACACUCCACCGUCCUGAUCCAGAGGUCUCAGAAGAAACCUGACCUGGUCUGGGUUUUAAAAUGUGCUUCAGUUCAGAAACUCCUGGGGCCAGGAAGAAGGGGAACCUCUUCUCUGAGCAUUAACUCAAAAGAACCGCCUGCUGCCGCCAGGGGACCAGGGUGCUUGUCUACCGGAGUGCAUGGAUUCUCCCCCUUCUUUAGCCCCUCCUUCCCAGAUUGUCUUCCUAUCUACACUGCAGGAGGCCUGAAUCAGGGGAGGCAGCCCUCUUAUCCUCUUCACAAUGCAACGUUUCGAGAAAGCCAUAGCAACGCACAAGCUGACAUUAGUGAACCAGACACUUCUAUAAGGGCUUUGCUAACUGGGGAUAAUAUGUAUAUCUGAUGGCUGCAAGAACAGGAGGGAAGGUGAAAGAAAAUAAAGGCUCGAAUCAGUCCUUGAAGUGGGUUUUUUUCCAUUCCUGCUGCACUUGUUCCUAACGGCCCAGAAUCACUGGGAGUUUGGCAGUGUGUUUAAUAAAUUAUUACUUGUGUGACAGAGAAAUUAAACACUAAAGCAUUCUGGCACCACUUAUGUAGUAUGGAUUUGAAUUUAGUCAACAAAUCAUGAUUGAAUAAGCCAUAGCUAAUUCACCCUAAUGCUGUUUCCAAAAUUAA